GCAGUAACCAGGCGCGUAGGUAAACGAACUUUCGCGGCCAUAAAAUUAUUAUUUUGCUAGAAUUUAUUGUUAUGUGAAUGUGUGGUUCUGGUUUACCGAAAAACAUUGAUAAGAUCGAGGUUUUUAUUUUGAACCUAACCUAGGCAAUAAAAGACUGGAUAAAUUAUCUAUACAUUGACAGUUCACCUGCACCUGUUUGAAUAGGUGCAUUCGUUCGUUCUACGACCAGCCUUAUAGUAAUUUUAAAGGGCAAUAACCCAUUGGGCUUUUUGUGGUAUGACUUCAGCGAUAACUGCCGAUCAGUGCUAUCAAGAAAUGGCAGUAAAAUACAAUCAAGACGAUGGAGUGGAAUUUGAAGAAGAUGAAUUUGAUACUUAUAUUGAUAAAUACACUGGAAAAAAAAAUUCAGUCAGAAGAUUCACUUGGAGGAAUUCAUCAGGAGUUUCUGUUCAAGUCAUCACUUAUGGAGCCACAAUAACAUCAAUAAAAAUGCCAGAUAAAAAUGGGACUUCCGAUGAUAUUGUAAUGGGAUUUGACGACAUUAAAGGGUAUCUGAAUCCUCUAAAUCCCUACUUUGGAGCUACAGUAGGACGAGUAGCGAACCGCAUCGGUUAUGCCAGAAUAACAAUUGAUGAACAUACUUAUAACGUAACCGCAAAUUUAGGAGAGCAUACUUUGCAUGGGGGGCUUAAAGGAUUUGAUAAAGUUAAUUGGAAUCAUUACGUCGAUGGUAAUAAACUGAGUCUAAGCUAUUUAUCUAAGGAUUUGGAAGAAGGGUUUCCUGGCGACGUUAUAACUACAGUAACUUAUGAACUUACGAGUGAUAACAGAUUCGUUUUUGAUUUCAAGUCGACUUCUAGUAAACCGACUUUUGUUAAUUUGACUAAUCACUCGUACUUCAAUUUAGGAGGACAUGAUGCUGGAGCUGAACAAGUAUACAAACAUUUGAUAUCCAUAAAUGCUGACUAUACAACUGAUGUGGAUAACAAUUCCAUACCAUCUGGAAAACUAUUGUCAGUAGCGAAUACUGCUUUUGACUUAAGGGUUCCUAUAGUUCUUGGGGAGAAGAUAAACAAAAUUCCAGGAUAUCUGGGUUACGACCAUAAUUUCUGCGUUACAAAAGGAUCUUCUCAGGAAAAUAGGUUUAUUGCUAGAGCAGUUCAUCCACCAACGGGAAGAAGUUUAGAGAUAUACAGUAACCAACCAGGUGUUCAAUUUUACACUGGAAACCACAUUCCAGAAAAUCCCACAUUUUUCAAGGGGGACUCAAACAAAUUGGAACGUUUGACUGGCAAAGGGGGUUCCAAAUAUUACAAACAUGGCUCUUUUUGUUUUGAAACACAAAAUUAUCCUGAUGCAGUUAAUCACAAAAAUUUUCCGCCUGCAGUUCUAUAUCCAGGAGAAUUGUAUCACCAUACAGUGGAAUACCGACUUUCCGUGAUCGCAUAGUAUAAUGUAAACAUUGUGAACAAACGUAUUACUAAAUAAAUGAACCCGUACCUUUAUGGCAAUGAAGAUUCUAUGGAAAAUAUAUAAAAAUACAAUUCAAACAUAACAAUAUUUUAUUCCAUCCUUUAUCCAAGUGGC